AGAGACUGUAAGCAAAUAGGCUACGUACGCAAGAGGCUGGGCUUCACCGUCAAUGCUCCACCCACCCGGUGCGCUCUCAUGAGGAAAACAAGCGUUUCCGGUAGAGGAACAGCUGCUUUGGUUUUGUUUGAGCAGAAGCUCUUCAGAUAACGCGCAGUAAAUUCUGCAUUUCUCCGUGAGAAGGGUCUGUCCUCACUGUUGUCUGCCUCCCAGGAACAAUGAUGAACUGCUGUGGUCUGCUCACUGAAAAGAAGGAACCAGUUCCUCUGAAGAGCAUUGAUGCUCAGCUGGAGGUGAAGGACCAUGUAGCUACUCUGGUCUCCACUCUUAACUUCGAGAACAAGGAGGACAAACCUCUGGAGACCGUUUUUGUCUUCCCUCUGCCUGGAGAUGCUGCUGUGUGUCAUUUCAGUGCUCAGAUUGGAGAAACACACAUUGUAGCUGAGGUGAAGGAGAAACAGCAGGCUCAGGAGGAGUAUGAUGAUGCUCUGAGCUCCGGUCAGCAAGCCUUCCUGUUGGAGGAGAGUGAUGAGAGUCCAGAUAUCUUCUCUCUGAAAGUGGGCAGUCUGCCUCCAGGAGAGAGCGCCUCCAUCAGGCUGGAGUACGUCACUGAACUGGCUGUGCAGGCUGAUGAUGGGCUGAGGUUCUGUAUGCUUGCUGUGCUCAACCCUCGAUACCAACCUCAGGGUAGUGAAGGUCCCAGUGUCCAGGUGACCUCAGUUCCAGCCUCUCUGGUGCCCUACAGUCUGUCCUUUUCUGCCCAGGUCUCCUCUCCUCGUCCAAUCUCUAAAAUAGAGUCCAGUUGUUCUCUGGAGCCUCUUCAGUACCUCAACGCUGAUCAAACUCAGGCCACGGUUAAAUUGGGUGCAGGACACAAGUUUGACAGAGACGUUGAGCUACUGAUUUAUUACAAAGACGCCCACCAGCCCUCUGCUGUGGUGGAGGCAGGACAGGCCUCUGCCAAACCUGGCUCUCUGAUGGGUGAUCCAGUGGUGAUGGUCAGCCUUUACCCAGAGUUCCCCCAAUCAGUGAUGUCCUCACUCGCUGCCUGUGGAGAGUUUGUGUUCUUGGUGGAUCGAUCAGGAAGUAUGGACUGCCCCAUGAAUAACAGCACACCACAAGAAACUCGCAUUAGCAGUGCAAAGGACACUCUGCUGCUCCUGUUGAAGAGUUUACCAAUGGGCUGCUACUUCAACAUCUACAGUUUUGGAUCCACCUUUGAGCACAUUUUCCCUACGAGUGUGGAGUACAGUGAGAAGACCAUGGAGGAGGCUCUGAAAAAGGUUGAGAAAAUGGGGGAUGAUCUUGGAGGAACAGAGAUUCUUCAGCCUCUCAGACACAUUUACAGCCAAGCCUGCAUUCCCAAACAUCCUCGACAGUUGUUUGUCUUCACUGACGGAGAGGUGGGAAACACCAAAGAAGUUACUGAUCUUGUUAAGAAGAAUGCAGGCUCCCACAGGUGUUUCUCUUUUGGGAUUGGAGAAGGAGCCAGCUCUGCUCUCAUCAACGGGAUGGCCAAAGAGGGCGGAGGUCACGCUCAGUUCAUCACAGGGGCUGACAGGAUGCAACCAAAAGUGAUGCAGUCACUCAGGUUUGCACUGCAGCCAGCUGUGGAGGACAUUUCUAUCUCCUGGGAUUUACCAAAGGGAGUGGCUGCCACUGUUCUCUCUCCACCCAUCACAGCUAUUUUUCAGGGUCAAAGGUCACUGCUUUAUGCUCAGCUCACUGGACAGAGUUCAGAGGAAGCAGGUGGCAGUGUGACAGUGAAGUACAGCCUGGCAGGUCAUCCCUCUCAGAACCAGCUGCACUUCAGUCUCAAACCUGCAGAGCACUCUGGAUUAACAGUCCACAGGCUGGCUGCUCGCACUGUGAUUCGCUCCCUGGAGUCAGAGGAGAGGACACAAAGUGGACAGAAUGAAGAAAUGAAGAAGAAGGUGGUGGAGCUCAGUGUCCAGUCAGGAGUGAGCAGUUCUUUCACUGCCUUCAUAGCUGUUCACAAAGACAGUGGCAAGUCCGUUGAAGGACCUCUGGUGCACAGAAAUGUCCCAACACCUUUCUAUGGAAUGGGAAGCAUGGCUACAGCUUGUUAUUAUUCAGCACCUAUUGGCAUGAGUUUUCAGUGUGCACCUAUGUCUCGGAUGCUUAUGACUGAUAUGGAUUCUCUUCCUGAUUUAUGUGGAGCUAUGCCAAAGUCAGCUAAUUUCCUUUAUGCUGACUGCGAUGAUGACAGUGAAGACUUUGGGGUAGAAUUCAAUGAGCCAGAAGUUGUGCUACCCAGUAAAGACCCUCUGCUGCAGCUGGUGUCCCUGCAGAAAGCGUCUGGCUGCUGGAUGCUUGAUGGAAGUCUGGCUGCAGUGCUGGGAAAGAGCAGCGAGGAAGUGGAAAAGGCAAAACCACCACCGGUCAACAAUGAAGUGUGGGCCUCCAUUCUGGCUCUGAUUUGGCUUCAUGCUUUUAAGAUGGAUGCAAAGGAAGAGUGGGAGCUUCUGUCUAUGAAGGCUGCAUCAUGGAUUAAAGCUCAGAACGCUCCAUGUGUGUCAGAGUGUGUUGAAGCUGGAAAUGCACUGUUGGGUUGCGGCGUGAAGAAAGAAGCUCUGGGUCUCUCAGGAUUAUCGACAGGCUUCAGCUUAACUAUGGAAGCACCUCAGUGUCGGAAGGAAGACACUGAAGUUGUUGAUUAACAAGAACAAGCUUAGGACUUUAUUUUCUUUUUGCAAAAUUUAUCCAUGUAUCUGCCAGUGUGCCUUUUGAUAUUUGCACUCUUUGCAUAACAAAGAAGCCAUGGAGCGCAGCUUUAUGCUUAACUUUCAGCAUAUGGAUUUUAACCAGUUUUACUGAAACAAUAUCUUCAUGUAAUAAAUGAGGAAUAAAUUAAUAAAAAUAAAAAAAAUGCCAUUAA